AUGAACGCGCAGUCGAAAUCUCGUUUCUCUGCAUGUUAACAUAUUAUUUUUUUAGUCAGUUUUUGGGCUGCCGGCUGUGCACACGCGGAGAGCAUCUCCAAUACUCACGUUUAUAUUUGAAGAGGGAGAAGAGAGAGAGAGAGAGUUAUUGGAGAUCUCAGGGAAUACUUUCAAACAGAGUUACAAUAAACAGAUAAACAAAAUCGCGACAGUUGGGUACGGGAAGUUUCGUGAAGAAAUAAAACCUCAGGGUAAAUACGAGUAGUUGGAGCAGCCUGGACUUUAUACAGUGAUAUGCCAAGGCAUGCGCCGUAAACAUAACAAGAUUGAUGUCUCACGGAGCGCAGAUCCUAACAUUGGCGCUUCUGAGCUUGUCCUUGGUGGUCCUGGGGGAGGAUGAGUUCAACAGCACUAAUGAGCCCCUUCACUGCCCCUUCGGGUGCAUAUGCUUGUCAUCGAAGCAAGUUUUGUGCAACACCGGAGGUCUCCGGGACAUCCCAUCAUACCUCAACAUUGGCAUCGAGGAUCUGUCCCUAUCGAAGAAUGAUUUUCGAGUGAUAGAGUCGGAUGCAUUCACUGGUCUACGCUCGCUGCGCAAACUCAGCCUAGAUGGAAAUAAUAUCACAGCUAUCAAGCCAUUUGCAUUUCGCGGCUUAUCCAGACUCACGGAUUUGUCAAUUCAGUACACACCGCUUAACUACAUCGGCAGUUAUUCAUUCGCAAUGUUACACAAUGUGACACUCAUACUUCUAGCGCACAAUCGGAUAAAGUAUAUAGAUGAAAAUUCAUUCGCUGGAACGAGUAAUAUCAAAUUAAUUCUGUUGACUAAUAAUCCAUUGGUGACAAUUCACUCGCGCGCAUUUUCGGGAUUGAAUUACGUUGAGAGGCUUAUAUUUCCAACGGGUAUACGAGUCAUUGAGUCUGAUGCCUUCAAUGGGCUCCAGUAUGUUGGACUUUUAAAGCUAACAUUCAUGGAUUUGAACAGUCUAUUGCCCUUCACAUUUCGCGGUCUGUGUUACAUUCAAGUGUUGAAUAUUCAAGAGAGUGAUCUCGGCACGAUAAAACCUGAUGCUUUCGCGGGUAUGAGUCACAUAGAGAGCAUAAAUAUCCUGAAUAAUAAAAUUGAUUCUAUUCAGGAACUGAAGAUAAUCAACGAAAGUGCGGUGACACUAUUCAGAUUUCAUGGCAAUCAUGUUCUACAUUCACCGAGAGCCAGGGAUACGAGCUUACAGGUGCAGAAUGUCUCGACACUUGGUAAUUAUUUUCCCUGCGAUUGUCAGGUCCAUGAACUGUUUGACAGUGACUUUGUUAAUGAUACUGUCAAGCAGUUUCGCGAGGAGAAUUACUGCAUCUCACCGUUGGAAUUCAAUGGUAGCCCGAUGAGUAAUGUUGACUUUGAUUCAAUUGCCAAGUGUCACGACAAAGUUGUGCAGGAUAAUCUUGGCUCAUCUGCACAGACACAUUCCGGGGUGAGAAUGUUCUUUCUCGUUGUUGCGGCUGUGUUUAAUGCUGUUCGAUAAACUUGAGCUUUUUGGGGUCAGUAGGGAAGUGGUAAAAUGCUACAGAAUUAAUAAAUCCUUGAUUUUUUAACCUUGAGUUUGAACAACUGGAAUUUUAAGCGAAUAAUUUCCAAAAUUAUUGUCGUAUUCGAUAAUAAAAGAAGUUGAAUCGUUUCGUCCGAUUCAUAAUUGAAUGACAUUAAACAGAAUAUCAUGGACAAAUUUAACGCAAAACUCAAAUUACUGUUAAUUUCGAAUUUAACUUUCACGAUUUACCACUUCGUUAUUGGACUGACGGAUUUGUAAUAAAGGGGGUAAAAUAUGUAUAUAUCGGUGCAAACAUAUGGCUAAUGAAGGGGGAGAGAUGAAGUAGAAGACCAAUUUAUUGUAUGUGCAGAUUUAUUGUUUCUCUACACAGAGAAAAAAGUUGGAUAAAAAUUAUUUAGGAAAUCGUGAUGAAUUUUACGGUGCAAAAGGUAAUUCUGGAUCGAAAUGUAAAAUGCGAUUUUGAGUAACACAAUGAUUUUCAAAUAGAAUCGACUUCCAAAAUGAUUUCCAUGAUUUUCAUGAUUACUGGUUUAAUUGAUUUUCAACAUUUUUACUCGUGCAUUCCAAUGAUUUUCAAUGAUUUUUUUGGUGAGCUGAAAAACGACGUUAAUCCACAGGGUACAAUUUAUCUUUAGUUUUCAUUAAUUGCCAAUGAUUGCCAAAGGUUGGAAAUCGCGCGAUUUCCAUUAUUUUAUUUUUUAUUUUUAACGGAAUUUUUUGCAAGUUCCAAGGGACUAGCACUGAGAGAAAAAUAUGAUUCUUCUGACUAUAUUCCAUCACCAUCGAACUAUAGUGAAAAAGUCCUCAACAA